UUUUGAAACUACUAACACAGACUACUUUCAUCAAAAAAUCACGACAUAUACCACAAUACCUACAACUUAAAUGCAUACUACAACAUCUUGGUCUCCUUGGGUGGUUUAUUAUUUCAACACUGUAAUCGUAGCAAGUGUGCCUGAUUUUCUAGAAAAAUAUGUACAACAAAUUGGACCAAAAACACCUAGUUUAAAGCUGCUGCCUAUCCCAUCGAUGGGUACACUUCAAUGA